UCCAAAUGGCACCGCCUCCGCGACGCCCGUUGGGAGGCCGGAAGUCCCGCCCAGAUACCGGAAGUCGAGCGGCCUUACUUCCUCAGAGUCUUCCCGGCAGCAGAGGAGACUGUUUUCGGGCCCCGGGCGGCCGCGGGCUGGGCUCUGUGCGCGCUCCGGAGCGGCGUCCUGGCAGCGCCGUCCUGCAGGCCGCGGGCGCGGGGACCCAGGGCUGCGGUCGCGCGCGGACAGCGCCGAUCGGGGCUCCAGGCCGGUGUAGGGCCAUGAACGGCACGGCGAACCCGUUGCUGGACCGCGAGGAGCACUGCCUUCGGCUGGGGGAGAGCUUCGAGAAGCGGCCGCGGGCCUCCUUCCACACCAUUCGCUAUGAUUUUAAGCCAGCAUCUAUAGAUACUUCUUGUGAAGGAGAACUCCAGGUUGGCAAAGGAGAUGAAGUCACAAUUACACUACCACAUAUACCUGGGUCCACACCACCAAUGACUGUGUUCAAGGGGAACAAGCGGCCUUAUCAGAAAGACUGUGUGCUCAUUAUUAAUCAUGACACUGGUGAAUACGUGCUUGAGAAACUCAGCAGCAGCAUUCAGGUCAAGAAAACCAGAGCUGAGGGGAGCAGUAAAAUCCAAGCCCGAAUGGAACAGCAGCCUGCUCGUCCCCCACAGCCAUCCCAGCCUCCACAGCUGCCACCGCCUCCACCACCCAUGCCGUUCAGAGCCCCAACGAAGCCUCCAGCUGGACCCAAAACUUCUCCCUUGAAGGAUAACCCCUCUCCUGAGCCUCAGCUGGAUGACAUCAAAAGAGAGCUGAGGGCUGAGGUGGACAUUAUUGAGCAGAUGAGCAGCAGCAGUGGGAGCAGCUCCUCAGACUCUGAGAGCUCCUCCGGAAGUGACGAUGACAGCUCCAGCAGUGGCGGUGAGGACAUUGCCCCCUCCUCUCCUUCCCAGCCUUCACAUCAGCAGUCCUACAACAGCCGGCCUGCGGUGGCCAAUGGAACCAGCCGGCCGCAAGGAAGCACGCAGCUCAUUAACACACUCAGAAAUGACUUGCAGUUAAGUGAGUCUGGCAGCGACAGUGAUGACUAGCCGGAUCUUCUGAAAUCUGCUUUCUGGUGCACAAAUAUGCUGCAAGACCCGGCUACUUCGUGUGGAGUCCAUUGCCACAGGAGACUGUUGUGGAUCAGAGCCUGAAGAAGGAGUUGAGGCCUGGAAAUGCUCAGCUAGUCAGUCUCUAGCUUAGUGGUGAUGGGUAAUUUUCUCAUGUAAUUUAUAAGCAAUCUUGUUUCAGAGUUUAAGUAGAUCUAUAGAAGAACUAACACAACUAUAUUUUUAUUUGGCUAACAUUAUUAAUGAAAAACAGACCAAUGCACCCUGGUCUAGGUCACUCGAAGACCAUGUCUUCACUAAGCUAGUAAUUUAGCCAUCAGUUUGACCGAGUGUCUGCACCAGUGAAAUGAGUCUUUGAGGGGUAAGGCAGGAAAGGGGAUCCUCACACUGCAUCAUAGAGAUCUGUUAAAACCGCUGUACAUUUUGACACAAAAUGGUAAAGAAGUUUUAUAUGACCCAGUUUGACAAAUCUGUAGAAAUAAACCAUAGCAAGUCUUUGGGUCAGCCUAAGUAGGACCCUGGAGAUCCAGUAGCUCAGCCCCUCACAAUUAGGAAAGGGAAGCACACAUCUGGGCCUGGCCAGUCUCCUGCCCUCAGGUCAAGCUCUCAUACUACUUCCUCCUUUGAAUUACACUUACUGGAAUCAGAUUCUUAUACAUGGAGCUUUUAACUAUACAUUGGCACUUUUAUUGGAUUCUAAAAGACAAAAAAUGUUGAGCAGGCUCAGCCUGAAUUGAGUCAGGCAGUCCCUACUGAGUGAGCAGGUCAGAGCAGCAGCCUCUGUGCUGAUGUGCGUGACUCAGCCAGGCUGAGGCUUUUUGUCCAUGUGGGUCCAUCCUAGGCCAUCUUUAUUUGGCAGAUUUUAGCAGUGGGUAGGAGUGGAAGAGGGAUAUGGUAAAAGAACCUCUCUGAGCUAAUGAAGCAGCAGCAAGUUUCCCAAAAUGAGAAUCUGGAUAGGAGUUCUGCAGGAUGGAGAGAGCACGUUCUUUGUUAAGCUGUGUGCCAUUGUUUGUGCCUGACUCCCAGACUGGUUUGUACUUUUUAUAGAAACAGUAGAGUCACAAGAUUGCCUGUAAUACGCAGUUCGUUUCCAAACAAAUGUUACUGCUGCAAACUGGUCACUAGUAAAUGUUCCAUGUUGAGUGUGUGAUGGCUUGUCCCAUGAUUUGUAUGACAUUGCCCCUCUCUGUAGAUUGAAUGACUGUGUCUUAGGAAAUUUCUGUCUCCUUUGCUUUAAGACAUUAAUAGUGGUUUUCCUUCCUUGGUCCCUCCACUCACAUAGCCUUUCUCUCCUGAGUUAGUGGAGGAGGGAGGCAGUCUGGACCCAGAGAGGAAAUGGAUGAUCCAUGGUGGGGGCCUUGAUGAGUGUUGUACCAUGCAGGUUAACUGUUUCAUCUACACAGAGACUCUAGUGAGCUGAGAUGGGGCAGAAGCCAUGUCCAACUGUGCAUCCACACUCUGCCCAAGUGCAGGUGCCAGGUGUGCACUGGUACCUUCUGAUAGUGUCUUAGCACACUGAGGCUCAGUGGAUCCAGUGGCAAGUAGGAACCCUUGUGUUGUGAACUGAUAAUUGCUUUAUAAUUCUUUGGUAAUGAUAGCUCAGGGAAGGUGAAGGUCAUGAUUGGGAGAAGUGAAUCGUUACUGAGUAUGGGAAUGGAAUUGUUUCACUGCUUAAAAUGGGGCAGGUUCUAGGAACUUGAACUUAAGUUAUCUAUUUAAGUCUCCUCUUGGCCUCUUUUUUCCCCAAAAGCUUUGAUUUGUAUAGACAGAUACUAUGGUUUUUGUCAUGUUGGUUAGUUUGUUAUUAUAUAAGAAGUAUAGGAAGUACUGGUGUGUGGCACUGAGCUUGGUGAGUCAAGCCUUCUGAGCCUCAGCCCCUCCCAUUGCCUGUCUUCCCAGCAGCACAUGUCCUCCAGUAAGGCUCCAGUGUGUGCUCUCUGCACAGAUCUUUUGGUGAUUCUACCUGUAUCCCCACCAGAGUAAGGGAGCUAGUUUUGGAAGUCUGGAAUGUGCCUCACAGUUGAUAUUCAUGAGCAUCUUUGUGCCAACCAAAAGACUUUUCUUUCCUGCCUCUGUGCCUUCGCCCUCUCUCCUGCUUCUCUCUGCCCACUCCAAACUCUUCCCAAGCUUCUGUAGGCACCAUUUUCAGGGGCUCUUUCUUUGUUGCAGCCUGUGGGGCAUGCCCUGGUGUACCUACAUGUCCUUUUUCUUGCUUGAACUUUAGUUGGUAUUAUAAGUUCCUCAAAAGUGGGCACUGUUGUCACGAAACUAGACAUGCAGGUGCUUCUAGUCUGGGGAGGAGGCUAAGAAAACUAACCAGUCAAGUACCAAGGAUUGACAGGCAUAGGGGAAACAUUCCAGGCAUUUAGACAGAACUGAAAAUAUCCAUGCAGAUCUCUACUGAAUUCUUAUAUUGCCUUUCUUUGCUCUAUGCAAUGUACUCUGGGCCAUUUAGGUGAGGUAGAAAGACAGUCUACAGAGGGAAGCUUUAUAAAAACAUGACUCGGGAAAAUGCAAUACAGAUAAACUAGAGAUUUGUAAUAAUGCCACUAGUUAUUUUAUUUCUAUAGCAGAAUCAUUUUCUCUGUGGGUGGUGUGUGUCAGUGGUAGGAAAACUUGAAAAUUCGAAGUCCUUACUUUGCUGUUCAAGAGUCUGACUUAGCUCUCUCUCUCUCCCCCCCUUGCUCUUUGUGUUUGUGUAUGUUUCUAUGUGUGUGUGUGAUAUUUAUUAACAUUUUGAAAGAGAAUUAUUUGUCUGUUUUAUAGAUAUAUAGUAGGUACAGUCAAACUGGAUAUUUCCAUUUGGCAAGGAACAUAGAAUUUCUGAAACUCAGGCCUUAAUCAGUAGCUUGGAAGACAAGACCAACUGAAGUGUUAGGAAAUGUGUUUGUUGUUGGUUAUUUCUGUAUUAGAUUCAUUGUCUCCAUCUUUAAUGGUAUUAAAAUCUUGUGCCUAAAAAUUCAUUUUGCUUAAUUAUGAUGUAGACAUGCAUGUUUACAUUUAUGUCAAAUAUUUGCUGUGUAGUUCUUCUCUUUUAAAAUGAAUAUAUUUAAAUAAUAAAUGAAGUUUAACAAUA